AUGGCAGAAUACCAGCAGGGAAGACCUAACGGCGGUCGCCCCAGCGACUAUGGCCAUGCGUCAAAUUACCAGCGAGAUGCCGCCUUUUCAAACAUAUUUGGGUCUGCCCCGCCUGGAAGAUCUCAGACGAUGAAUUCCUCGAUAGCUCCUCCUUCGAACGGCAUAAAUGGACGAACGCAGACGAUGGGAUCUUCAGCAGGAAUCCCAACCCAGGCCGGCAUGCAACGACAACCUCCCCCACGUGUGCCACAACAAGGCGGAUAUCCUUCGACUUCUGCUCCCAUGAUGCAAAACGGCGGAGGCAUGUCAAAUGGAUAUCACCAAGGCCCUCGACCACAACAGUCGGGACAGGUUCCAUCUCAGCCGCAGCCUCAAUACUUGCCUCAGCAGACUCGUCCCGAUCGUCGACCAUAUCCAGGACCUCAGAGGGUCGAUCCGCGCGGGCUGCCUCAGCAACAGCAACAAUACCCUUCGAGGGGACCCCAACCACAACAGCGAUAUCAGGGUCCACCUGCUCUCAGUUCGGAUCCGUAUCGCUCACAAUCUAUGGCUAGCAUCCAACGACCAAAUAUGUAUCAACCUCCUCCAAACACUUUUAACCCGGCUCCUGUGAACGCAUUUAGACAGCCCCCAUAUCAGGGGCAGGCCUCGAGAACAACAGCACAAGGACGGAUAGUUCCAGAGAGACAAGACGAGCGAACGAUGUCUCUAACGAGCUAUACACCAGAUCGUGACCAGCAUCAAACUAUGAGUGGCAGGGUUAUACCUAACAGGCGGAUCUCGUCUGGGCCCCAAGACCCUCAACCUUUUGCUCUCGGCCCCCGUAGUCCUGGCACUGCUACACGAACCACGAGUAUGGCGUCUAGUAUGGCAUCUACCAACGUUGGCGAUAUGAGCCGCUCAAUGUCGAUGGCAUCGACCAUCAUUUCACCGUCCGAACGAACUGACUCGCUUCAACAUCGUCCUUCAGUGGCCAAGUCUGUUAGCAGUGGAACAGGUGGUGGCAGACAAAAGUCGCCAUUGGUGUACCCUGCCCUGCUCUCCCGUGUUGCAGAAUGUUUUAGAGAUAAGGUGACGGUUGGAGAUCGUACGAAGAAUGGGUUGGCAUAUAAAAAUGCGUUCAGUGGAGCAGAUGCUGUUGAUGUGAUCUCCUACAUCAUUAAGACGACCGAUAGGAAUCUAGCUUUGCUGUUGGGAAGAGCUUUGGAUGCUCAGAAAUUCUUUCACGAUGUCACAUAUGAUCACCGACUUCGUGAUUCCGCGGUCGAAAUGUACCAAUUCCGAGAAACAAUGAUGGACGAACCACAUGAAGUACCAGAAGUGAACGGGGUUUUUGUCUUGUUGACUGAGUGUUAUUCCCCAACUUGUACCAGAGACCAGUUAUGCUACUCGAUCGCAUGCCCACGAAGAUUAGAACAGCAGUCACGUCUGAACCUUAAGCCACAACCUGGUCUACGGCGUGAGAAGUCAGAAGCGAGUUUACAUGAUGUUGAUGAACCGGACGAACAGAAACUCUGGAUCAAUACUGUUUCCCAAGAGAUUGCUGACAGUAUUGAUGAGAGGGAGAAGAAGCGACAAGAGGUUAUUUCAGAGAUCAUGUACACGGAGCGAGAUUUCGUGAAGGAUCUGGAGUACUUGCGAGAUUUCUGGAUUCUUCCUCUACGCUCUUCAAACGCUGCCACACCGUCGCCAAUACCAGAAUCACGUAAGGAAAAGACGGUCAGGACCAUAUUCUCGAAUAUUAUCGACACCCCCAGCAUUCACGGUGUUAGCUCUAAGUUCGCAGAAGCUCUCACUGAGCGACAGAAAAAACAUCCAGUUGUCAGGUCUGUUGGUGACAUAUUCUUGGAAUACGUACCACAAUUCGAACCUUUCAUCGUGUAUGGUUCCAACCAAUUGGCUGGAAAGUUUGAGUUUGAGAACGAACGGUCACUUAAUCCCUUUUUUUCCAAGUUCGUCGACGAAACAGAGAGGCGGAAAGAAUCUAGGAAGCUCGAGUUGAACGGAUACUUGACAAAGCCAACUACGAGAUUAGCUCGUUAUCCUCUGCUUUUAGAGAACGUACUGAAGUAUACAGAGGCAGGAAACCCGGACAAGGACGAUAUUCCUGUGGCAAUGAAGAUGAUCAGAGAUCUUUUGACGAGAGUAAAUGCUGAGUCUGGUAAGGCAGAAAACCGCUUCAACCUCAAACGUCUUCAUGAGCAGCUUCGUUUCAGACCGAAUGAGAGGGUGGACUUGAAGCUUACCGACGAGAAGCGAGAGCUUGUAUUCAAAGGAACGCUUAAGAAGUCACCAACAGACCCAUCCGACAUCCAAGCAUACCUGUUUGAUCACGCCAUGUUGCUUGUUCGUGUUAAGAUGAUUGGGAAGAAGGAGGAAGUGAAGGUUUAUCGAAGACCCAUACCUUUGGAGCUGCUCUCCAUUCGUGAGAUGGACGAGGUCAUACCAAAGUUGGGUGUUGUCAAAAGACCCUCUUCUAGUUUAAUUCCCGGAAGCAAAACUGGCGCGAACGAUGGCGCCAGAAAGGAAGGGUUUCCAAUCACAUUUCGUCAUAUCGGUAAAGGAGGUUAUGAGUUGACACUUUACGCAAACACCGCUGGCUCGAGGAACAAAUGGAUGGAGCAUAUUGGAGAGCAACAAUCGAUUCUUCGGAGGCGCGGAGAUUUCUACAAUCGUUCUAUCAUGUCAAGCGGGUUCUUCUCCGCUGCCAACCGAGUUAACUGUGUUGCACCAUUUGACGGUGGCCGCAAAUUGAUUUACGGUACCGAUUCGGGGAUAUUUGUGUCUGACCGCAGGGCCAAAGACCAAGCUGCGAAGCCUGUCCGCGUUCUGGAUGCUACGUCGGUCACACAAAUCGAUGUCCUCGAAGAAUACCAACUUCUGUUGGUACUAUCGCAGAAGUCAUUGCUCUCCUACCCCCUAUCAGCCUUGAAUCCAAACGAACCCGCACUCUCAAAGAGGCCGAAGAAGAUCCAGAGUCAUUGCAACUUUUUCCGGACAGGUAUAUGCUUGGGUCGUCAUCUGGUAUGCUGCGUCAAGUCCUCGGCGCUCUCCACCACAAUUAAGGUCUUCGAACCGAAUGAUGCAAUGUCCAAGGGCAAAAAGCAGAAGGGAUUCAAGAUGUUCAACAGCGGGCAGGACGAACUAAAAGCCUUCAAAGAAUUCUACAUCCCAACAGAAUCUUCCUCGAUACACUUCCUCAAAUCCAAACUGUGUGUGGCUUGUGCGAGAGGAUUCGAAGUGGUCUCGCUGGAAACUCUGGAAACUCAAUCUCUGCUUGACCAAGCUGACACAUCUCUGGAUUUUGUGGCCCGCAAAGAAAAUGUUAGGCCAAUCCAUAUUGAGCGACUCAAUGGAGAGUUCUUACUCAACUAUUCUGAAUUUUCAUUCUUCGUCAACCGUAACGGUUGGCGAGCAAGGCCUGAUUGGAGGAUUGAUUGGGAAGGGCAGCCUCAGAGCUUUGCUCUCUCAUAUCCUUGGAUUCUUGCGUUCGAAGCUAAUUUUAUUGAAAUCCGUAAUAUCGACACCAACGCGGUUCACAUCGUACCGCACAAAAAUAUCCGCAUGCUUCACACAAGCACACGCGAGAUAAUUUACGCUUAUGAAGACGAACGUGGGGAAGAUGUCGUAGCCGCUAUCGACUUUUGGCCACAGGGGCGACGGCCAGAUCAUCAAGCAAUCGAAAACAAUCAGAGCUCAUCCCAGCAUCCUUCAACUUCCUCGCGGCAUUAG